AUGGGCCACCGAACACCGGCCCCCCAGCGGACCCCCUGGAGCGUUGUCCUGGCAGCCGCCCUCCUGCUCUCCUGCCCGCCGCCGGCACGGGGCCAAGCCCCCAGCUUCACCAUCCGCCAGGACCCCCAGGCCGCCUGGCUCGGGGGGGACGUCACCUUUGCGCUGGAGCUGUUGCCCAGCGGAAUCGUGUCCUGCGCCUGGUACCGGGCACCCACCGCCAGCCUGCAGUUCGAGAUCUUCACCUACUUCAAGGAGCCGGACCUGGGGCAGCAGAACGGGCCGGCGUACACCGAACGGGAGACGGGUGCCGCCAACUGCUCCAUGCGCAUCAGCCCCCUGCGCCUGAACGACACCGGCGCCUACACCGUGGCCGUGCGGCACCCCACCAUCACCACCGCCAGCAUCAACCUGACCGUCUACGUCCCGCUGACACAGCCGGCAGUGACGCCGGACAACGUGACGGUGACAGAGAACGACACCGUCACCCUGACCUGCCGCAGCCCCUUUGGUACCGAAACGGUGGCCUGGCUGCGUGACGGGGCGGUGGUGUCGGCCGGUGGCCGCCUGUCCCUGUCCCCGGACAACCGCACGCUGACGGUGCGGCCGGUGCAGCGGGGUGACGCCGGCGCCUACGCGUGCCAGGUCAGCAACGCCAUCAGCACCAACCGCAGUGAUAAUGCCACCGUCACCGUUGCCU